AUGGCGCGCGGCAAGCUCGUUGUGUUUGAGGGCUUGGACAGAGCCGGCAAGACCACGCAGUGUAUGCGCUUGGUCGAAACAUUCAAGAGACGGGCAGAGCCUGUCCGAUUGAUCCGAUUUCCGGACAGGAGCACGGCGACGGGUAAAGCCAUAGAUGCCUAUCUCAAGGGCGAGAGCGAGCAAGAAGAUCACGUCAUUCAUCUGCUUUUCUCUAUCAACCGCUGGGAGAAGGUAGCAUCUAUCGAGGCAGAUAUCCAGGCCGGUAUUACGGUCAUCAUCGACCGCUACUAUUACUCAGGCUGCGUUUACUCCGCCGCCAAGGACAACCCCACGCUCGACCUGAGCUGGGCCCGCCAUCCAGAAGUAGGCCUACCGCGUCCGGACAUCUGCAUCUUCCUCGACAUCUCCGCUGAAGACGCGGCCCGGCGAGGCUCUUUCGGCGAGGAAAAGUACGAGACCAGGAAAAUGCAGGAGCGCGUUCGUCAGCUUUUCGGGGUCUUGCAGUCGUCGCCCGAAGGUGAAGACUUUGUCAAGAUCGAUGCUGGUGCGAGCCUUGAGAGUGUGGAAGAACGCAUUCUGGAGGUCAUCGCUGCAAUCGAUGCUCACGUAGACAUAGAGGAUCUGCCAUUGCGACGCGUGGGGCCAUGGUAG